CACACUUCCUGUGUGGGGUUCAGAAACCCGCCUCCCCACCCAGUCUUAGUUGCUCGCUUCGGAAAAUGAAGUAAUAAGCCAACUGGCCUCCACCAUCUUAGGUAGAGUAAGUAUCCAGUGAGAGAAGAAUGCCUUCGGGAAAUCUCUGGAGAGUUCUGGGACUCUGCCUCUUAUCAGUUGGUGCUUGGGGGCAAGAAGAUGAAUCUUCUGUUAUACUGAAAAUAUAUAAAGUCUCCAUCUCCGGGACAAAGGUAAUGCUGACAUGCCCUGAGGAUUCUGAAUCUGGAACAAUAAUAUGGGAAAAAGAUGGUAAACCACGACGCACUAACGAAGACACGCUAUUAUUGGAGAAUUUUUCAGAAAUGGAGGAUAAUGGUUAUUAUUCCUGCUACACAAGUGCCUCUAAGAACAAUCGCAAUUUGCUCUACCUGAAAGCAAGAGUAUGUGAGAAUUGCAUGGAGGUGGAUCUGAUGGCAGUGGCCGUAAUCAUUAUUGUUGACAUCUGCAUCACUCUUGGCUUGCUGUUGUUGGUGUAUUACUGGAGCAAGAAUAGAAAGGCCAAGGCCAAACCUGUGACCAGAGGAGUGGGUACUGGUGGCAAGCCCAGGGGACAAAACAAGGAGAGGCCACCACCUGUUCCCAAUCCAGACUAUGAGCCCAUCCGGAAAGGCCAGAGGGACCUGUAUUCUGGCCUGAAUCAGAGAGGCAUCUGACAGCUCCCAAGGACACUGCUUCCCAUUGGCCCAGACCUGGCUCCUCUUCAGGCACCUGUUCCCUGGGCAAGUCUUGGACUCCACAGAAUUGUUCCUCUGCUUCUUGUGGAACUCACACCUGCAGCCUUGUCCCCAGCUCCCUCCUUCCUGCCUUCUCUGCUGGUGCACAGUCCUGGGAUAUUGCUGCCUUAUUGUCCUUUGAAAUAUCAUUGCUACUCACCCCUUCACACCUGGCCUGUACCUUUGUCUGAAUAUUUAUUUCUGCUGUUCAUCACCGCCCCCAAUUCCUGUCUUCCCUGGUGAGUGUUACUUCUUCCUUCCGUUCCCUCCUUUUCCUGUGUAUAAGAUGCCCCAUCCCUAAUUAUUCCAUCUACCUUCCUAUCUUUUCAGCUCUCUCUUUGGCAACCCUCUGUGGGAAUGGACUGGAUAAAUGUUGGCAGAGGUCUUGGCCCUGAGCCAGGCCUUUGUUUCCUCUCUCCUAUCUCCAAUGUAGGCCCCUGGGCAGUCGUUUCCAUGUCCAUGAAUGUGUUAGGCUCCUUGUCAGCUGAGAGAGAAAAGAAAUAAAGUGUGUUUGGCUGCAA